GCGCUGCAGCCGUAAAGUCGGUCAGUGCUGUUUUGAACGACAGGGACGAGCGGGAGUGUGUCACUGGACUGGAUUCAAUCUACACAGCAGUGUAGUGGUGCCACAAUGGCGGCAGACAUUGUUGCACAGCUGGCCGACUCUCUGGCCAAGACCGGGGUGGAGGAUGGAGAGCUGAGCUACAAAGGCCAGGGACGAAAGCUGGACGAUGCCCAAUCAGUGGAGGAGAUGGUGAAGGAGAUCCAGGACUUUGAGGGUCUGCGGGCGCUGAGGCUGGAGGGAAACACUGUGGGCGUGGACGCGGCGCGGGCCAUCGCCAAAGCCCUGGAGACCAAGAGCGAGUUCAAGCGCUGUCACUGGAGCGACAUGUUCACAGGUCGUCUCCGCUCUGAGAUCCCCCCCGCCCUGAAUUCGCUGGGUGACGCCCUGAUGCUGGCGGGAGCCAGACUGACUGUUCUAGACCUCAGCGACAACGCGUUCGGCCCAGACGGGGUGAAGGGCAUCGAGAAGUUGCUCCAGAGCCCGGCUUGUUUCACGCUCGAGGAGCUACGGCUCAACAACUGUGGGAUGGGCAUCGGUGGAGGGAAGAUCUUGGCUGCGUCUUUGACCCAGUGUCACAAAAACUCCAGCGCAGAGGGCGCCCCCUUCAGCCUGAAGGUGUUCGUCGCAGGGAGAAACCGGCUGGAAAACGAGGGAGCCACUGCGCUCGCUCAAGCCUUCCAGUUGAUCGGCAGCCUGGAGGAGGUGCACAUGCCCCAGAACGGCAUCAACCACGCGGGCGUGACGGCGCUGGCCUCGGCCAUGCAGCAGAACGCCGGGCUCCGCAUCCUCAACCUCAACGACAACACCUUCACCGAGAAGGGGGCCAUCGCCAUGGCUCAGGCCCUGAAACACCUGCGGAGCGUCCAGGUCAUAAACUUCGGAGACUGUCUGGUGCGACCGGCCGGAGCUAAAGCUCUGGCGGAGACGGUGUCCGAGGGACUCCCGAUCCUCAAGGAACUGAACUUGUCCUUCGGGGAGAUAACGGAAGAAGCUGCUCUGGCUGUGGCUCACGCUGUGAAGGACAAAGACCAGUUAGAGAAGCUGGACCUCAACGGUAACUAUUUGGGGGAGGACGGCUGCAAAGCUUUGAAGGACGUCAUGGAGGAGAUGAACAUGGCCGAGCGUCUAGGAUCCCUCAGCGAUGACGAGGGCGAACCGGAGGAGGACGACGAUGAGGACGAAAAUGAUGACGAUGACGAUGACGAAGACGUGGAAGAAGAGGAGGAGGAGGAGGAGGAGGAGGAGGAGGAAGAAGAAGAAGACGACGAGGAGGAGGAGGAGGAGGAGGAAGAGGAAACCAGUGGUGACAAGUUCUCCACUCCGACAUCAGCCCCACGGCCUCCAGACGUCUCCUCCUUCCUCAGCUUCCCGUCGCCCGACAAACUCCUCAAACUCGGGGCCAAGAGGGCGCUGAUGAUCGAGCAGCAGGUCGACGUUUCAGAUGCGACUAAAGCGGCCGAAGCGUUCCUCAAGAUCUCGUCUGUGUACAAGGAGGAGAACAGCGACGUUAAGGAGGCCGUGCUGGACUGUGUCGAUGCUCUAAUGAGGAAAGCUUUCUCCGCUCCUUCCUUCCAGAGCUACAGCUUCGUGUCGUCGUUGUUGGUGCUGCUCGGCCUCAUCAAGAGUGAGGACAAGAUCCGCCCCGUCGUGGUGGUUCCCGGCCACCUGCAGGCGCUGGAGCACAUCGUUCGCCAGGACUACUUCCCCAAAGAGAGCGUGGCCGUUCUGGAGGCCUUCAUGUCCCGGUAAGGACGUGGCAGAAUGAGCCAAUCAGGAGCCUCCAGGACCAACAAAUCCAUGGAGUCGUGUGGCAGCGCCAGAAACCUCCUCCUGUCGUCUCUGCAGAGAAUCAGGUCUGAGAGCUGAGGUCUGAAACAACCAACAACAACUACAAUAAUAAUAACAACAACAACUACAACUACACACCUUCCUCUGGACUUGAAAACGUGGCGUGUUUGAAGUGGAGUUUGCUCUUAUGAACUGAAAUCCUUCAUCGAUACGGAACCACAAGACGGCACUGACAUCAUGGACUCAUUUGUUUUCUGGAGAAGAAGAAGAAGAAGAAGAAGAAAAACACCUUCUCAGAAUAAAUACCUGGACCUUGUUUUCUAUUACACACCUGCCUUUGCUGUUGUAUUGUUUUAUAGUAAAUGUUUAUUGAAUUCACAUUUAAGGUCAUUUGGUGAUAAACUGUCUGAAAAGAUUGUGUUUAAAGCUCGACCGGUCGGAGGGGAUUUAAUAAACGUGUUUUCUGCCCUGAUGUUUCCUUGGUUUGUGUUUUUUAAGGGUUUUCUUAUUAUUCUUAUUAUUGAAGUGGAAAAUAAAGACGUGUGUAUGUGUA